UUCCGGCGGAAAAAGAUUGGGUAAAGCGGCGGUAAAGCGGCCGUACUCGAGGGCCAUUCUUUCCGGAUCUGGGGAACUCCAAAAAGGCAAAAGACCACGGUAAAAAUCGCCGCCUUUUCUGUCCUUUCUCUCAUUCCUCUUUUUUUUUUAUAUACAUGGAGAUAGAACCCCCGCCCACUUUCCUCUGGGUCAAGAUUCUCCUGUCUCUUCUUUUCCCCCUUUGUUAUCUUCUUAAUCUCACUCCAAUUUGGCAUGAGUUUUGAUUGCAAAGAAACUAUUGAUGAAGUAUUCGCUAAAGUUUUAUCUGAACGAAAGAAAAGGUUUUGUGGGGGGGAUGGGGGGCGGUUGGUAGGGAGCUAUCCAUCAGUCUCCUGUUUUACACUGUUUUUUGUGUCAGAAAUCCAUGUGUUUGGUUGCGAUGCAAAAGAAAGAAACGAAGAAUAGAACAGGCGGUUUCCUAUGAUUGAUCGCCGAUCUGGAAUAACUGUACGUGGCGCCGCGCCGGACUGUAGAUUAGAGUUUACUCGAGCAUCCUAUUUUGAUCUGCGUGCAGAUUUAGUUGCAUGGGAUAACAAACCCAACAACGGGUAGGGUUAGGGUUUGCCCGGUAAACAGUAAAAUCCCUCGAUGGUUAAAAUAUAUAUAUAUAUAUAUAUAAAAGAAAGAGAGAAGAGAGGCUUGUGGAUGAGAGAUGAUUUUAUCGGAACGAGUAGCUUGAUCUCCUGCGAUUAGUUUCUUGGUUCCCUGUUAGCAGACGGGAGGAGGAGGAGGAGGAGGAGGAGACUGGAGAGAGAGAAAGAGAGAGCUUUGGGUUGGAGAGAUUCAUGGGCUCUGUGGCCUUGCGAUGGGAUAUCCCUUUCGAAUCUCGCCGUCUCCGUCCCUAGCUGUCUCUUCUCGUAUCAUUGGGAAUGGAGAAGAUGCGCACGUGAUCUAGGUUGGUUUCAUCUGCUACCCUCCCAUCUCCAAGACUUUUGAAGUUCCAUCGACUAUUUAGUCUUUCGAGUUUCUUGGCUUGGAUUGGGGAGGGGAAGAAGCGGCUGCUGGUGGUGUUUUGCUGCCAAUCUUGAGGUGCUUCGGUGUGUCGGUCGGAAUCCUUCGUCAAGCUGCGACCGGCUUACAAGCCAAUAGGCUGCAAGUUGCUCGGGGUCUUCUUAUAUGAAUUCGUUUGUGAUCUUGAGAUCUGGUGCUGCUUGUUGGACGGUGGUUGUGGAGGUGAAGGGUAGGUGAAGUGCUUCAUCCGAAAAUAAGGGUUCUUUUUUGGGAUGGAGUGGAAUACUAAGACUUCCUCACUUUGGGAGUGGGAUAAUCUGGCGCUGUUUAGUGGGAAUUCCAAGCAGGAGCAGCAGACCGACUGGAAGAUUGAAGUCAAAGGCGCUGGAGUUAUUGAAAAUGGGUCGCUUUAUUCAUCUGGCGGCGGCGGCGGCGGCAGUGGAGGCGGUGCCUGCUCUGGCUCUGAUUUGGGAAAUGGUUCGUCGUCUAAGAGCUCCAUCUCGGCCUCUAUUGAUUCUUCAUCAAAAACAGGGGUAAAAAUAUCAGAGUUCAACUUUGAGGCAGUGAACAAAGAUUCCAUGAGAGUGCCGGAUGGUGGAUUAUCUGCAGCAGUGGUGACGGCAGCCAGGUCUCAGGAGGCAUUGAUUGGUCUGAAGCUUGGAAAGAGGACUUACUUUGAAGAUGUCUGUGCAGGGAGCAAUUUUAAUAACCCACCAUCUUCUUCUUCUUCAGUCUCAGUGGUGCUGCCUGCUAGUUUGGUUAAGAAGCCUAGGGUGACUCAGCAGACUGUGCAGAGUACUUGCUGCCAAGUCGAAGGUUGUAAUGUUGAUCUCAGCGGAGCUAAAGAUUAUCACCGCAAGCACAGAGUCUGUGAGACCCAUUCCAAAUCCCCUAGGGUAAUCGUUGCUGGUCAGGAGCGGCGGUUUUGCCAACAAUGUAGCAGGUUCCAUGAUUUGUCCCAGUUUGAUCAGAAGAAACGAAGCUGUCGUAGGCGUCUUUCUGAUCACAAUGCACGUCGUCGUAAGCCACAGCCAGACACAAUCUCAUUUAAUUCCACGAGGCUUUCUUCACCGUUUUAUGAUGAUCAGCAAAAUUUUCUCUGGAAUCAAGCUCAGUUUGGUCAAAUGAGGCCCACAGUAACUUCCAUGUGGGAAGGCUCAUGUGACUUUAAAGUUGCGCAAAUGAAAGGGUCUUGGAUGAAGUCGGCAAAAGUAGGGAGCAUUGAUGGACAGCUCCAUCUGCCUAAUUCCCAGCGAUCAAAUGCCUUUUCAACGCUCUGCCAUGAAGUAGACAGGCUCUUGCCUAUGAAGGGCAUCACCGCCGAAGUCCUCAAUCAAGGUCCGGAAGCAUCAUUAACUGCUUCAAACUUAGAUGGAGCACCGGAUCUUCGGCGUGCUCUCUCUCUUCUGUCAACCAAUGCUUGGGGUUCAGCUGACCCUGGAACAUCAUCUUCUCUUGUCCAGCUUGUGCAUGCUAACCACACCAGUGCAGCUCAGCCUGCAAUUCAUGCAGUGAACUCAACCCCGGAGUAUUGGCAAGAUGAACAUGGCCUAACUCAGCAAGGGCGAGUGCUUCAAUUUCCUACACAUAGCAAUGGUAGCCAGUUCCAGGAAUUUCAGCUGCUUAAAGCUCCUUAUGAGACUACGUUUUUUGACUCUAGUCAGAUUCAUUAGUGUCCAAAAUCACAUGAACUGCAUUCUGGAGAGUAGAAACUGAGUGACCUGUGGAUGUCAACUCUGUACUCGGCGAAUCCUUAUCUUUUCCUGGCUGAUAAAUGACUUUGUUCAAAUGGCAGACCUGCAUUCUUUUGCAUCAGAACUCCUGAGGCUGGAGCCGCACAUUGCUUUAAUGGAAGCUGAAUCCCAAAGGAGAGCUUCAUGGAUUGUUUCUGAUUGUGUAUCAUGCAUGAUCCGAGCAGUGUAUUCAAGGGUGUACAAUCGGUAUCGAUGUCUAUUGUCAGACCAUGAACCUUUAUAUAGAUUUGGGUCAGGGGAAACUCUUUUGCAGGACUAAAAUGGUGCGGCCCUCUGGAAGGGAAGUACUUCUCAGACUUGUGUUUACCUUUUGUAUGAUAUCAUAAAUAACAGGCCUUUCCUGCAACACCAUUGCAUCGUGUUGGUUGGCUGGUUGGGCUCUUUUACA